UUCUGGUAAGGAUCCUCACUCUUUCGUAAUUUAAUUUUUCUCCUUUUUUAUUUUGUUAAUAAUUUCCGUACAUCCAAUCUCUAAACCAUAAUCUUACAAAUCAAGAUGAUUGAGCUGUGAGAUUCUUUAAUAUAUCGCUUCUGAUACCUAGGGUUUCGAUUUCCCUGGUUUAGGGGUUUUUUUCCCUAGGCCUCGAUUGGGAUUUUUCUUUUCUCUGUUCUGUAGAACUGUUAGAUUGUAAGAACAUGGGGAAACUGUUGCGAAUUUGUACAGUUUAGUUUAAAUUUUAGCAUUCAUUUUUAGAGUGUUGGAGUCUCUUGGUUCUUCUAAAUUUCACUGUUAGAAAUGUCGUCGGCUGGUCUUGCUGUUAUUCCGGUUCGAAAUGAACAUAUGGUUCCACCUGUUCACAUGAAUCCUGAAUUGGGUCUUUGCGAAAACGAAUCAAUUUGGAUAUAUUUGGACCUUUCCGGAUUGAUGAUUCCAAUGAAGGUUCUGGAAUCAGAUUCUAUUAAAUCCGUGAAGCUACGCAUUCAAAUCUGUAAAGGGUUUGUUGUGAAGAAUCAGAAGUUGGUUUGUGGGGGCCGUGAGCUGGCUCGGAGCAAUUCCCUUAUUCGUGACUACGGAGUCAAUGAUGGGAAUGUUCUGCAAUUGAUACUUAGGCUUUCUGAUCUUCAGGUCAUUAAUGUUAAGACCACGUCUGGGAAAGAAUUUACAUUUCAUGUUGAACGGGGACGCGAUGUUGGUUAUGUGAAACAGCAGAUUGCAAAGAGGGAGAAAGGGUUUACCAAUCUUGAUGAGCAAGAAGUCGUUUGUGAUGGGGAGCGAUUAGAGGAUCAGAGGCUUAUUGAUGACAUAUGUAAGCACAAUGAUGCUGUAUUGCAUUUAUUGGUCCGAAAAUCUGCCAAAGUUAGGUCUAAGCCUGUUGCGAAGAAUUUUGAGUUGACUAUUGUGGCACCAGAAUUGAAAGAAGAGCGAUAUUAUGAUGUUGGUGAGAAGAACAGUAGAAAACAAUAUGAUGUUGGUGGUGAAGAGAAUUAUAGUAGAGGAUAUGAAGUUGAUAGGGAUGUAGAACCAAGAAAGCCUCCUGAUAGAGAUUUCUCAUUGGAACCAGUUAUUGUUAAUCCCGAGGUUGAAUUACCUUCAGUGAUUGUAGAUAUGAUUAAUUCCGCAUUCGAUGGAUUAGAUAGCAGGAAAAUUCCAAUCAGGUCCAUGGAGGGCACUGGAGGAGCCUAUUUCAUGCAGGAUUCAUCAGGCCAAAAAUUUGUUGCUGUUUUUAAGCCAAUUGAUGAGGAGCCUUUAGCUGUUAACAACCCUCGAAAACUACCGGUGUCACCUGAUGGGGAAGGUUUGAAGAAGGGUACAAGAGUUGGAGAAGGAGCAUUCAGGGAAGUUGCGGCUUAUAUUUUGGAUCAUCCUAAUAAUGAGCAACGCACUAUAUAUGGUCAUGAGAAGGGUUUUGCUGGUGUCCCUCCUACUGCUAUGAUCAAGUGUUUGCAUAGUGGGUUUAACAAUCCUGAUGAUUUAGCAACAGUCAAGAUUGGGUCAUUGCAGAUGUUUGUGGAAAACAGUGGAAGUUGUGAGGAUAUGGGUCCUGGGUCUUUCCCAGUCGAGCAAGUACAUAAAAUCUGUGUGUUGGAUAUAAGAUUGGCUAAUGCAGAUAGGCAUGCUGGAAAUAUUUUAUUGAGCAAAGAUGAAGAUGGGCAGACAUUGCUGAUUCCGAUCGAUCAUGGCUAUUGCUUGCCUGAAAGCUUUGAAGAUUGCACAUUUGACUGGCUGUAUUGGCCUCAAGCUCACCAAUCUUACUCUUCUGAGACAAUUGACUAUAUAAAAUCCCUGGAUGCCGAAGAAGAUAUUGCCCUUCUGAAAUUCCUUGGAUGGGAUAUGCCACCUAAAUGUGCACGCACUCUUCGCAUCUCCACCAUGCUUCUCAAGAAGGGUGCGGAGAGGGGACUCACUCCCUUUGCCAUUGGAAGUAUAAUGUGCAGAGAGAACUUGAAGGAGGAAUCUGUCAUUGAGAAAAUUGUCCAAGAGGCUCAGGAUUCUGUGCUGCCUGGCACAAGUGAAGCUGCAUUUCUCGAAACACUAUCUCAAAUCAUGGAUCGCCGUCUUGAUGAGGUUGAUGGGUCACUCCUAUGAUAGAAGUGCUGAACAUCUGUAGAGAAUGCUGGUUCAUAGUUGAUAGUUAUGUAGUUGCUGAUUCAUAGUUGAUAGUUGUGUAACUCGUACUUGUGCAUGCAUUGCUAGAUGAUGGGACCUCAAAUGGCCCGGCAGACUGGUUAUGAAGGCACAAUGCUUUAUUCUUCUCAACCUUUUCUUGUGAUUCUCUAUUUUUUAUGGCACUUAACCAAAGCUUUUUAA